AUGCUGUCUGCACAGGGAACUGGUGCAUUGGCUCUUCUCCACAGUGUCAUACUGGUGACUGCACUGGUAGACUCUGAUGACGUCAUCACGCGAGACGAGCAGAUCUACGUUCUGAUUGGUGCUCACGCAAAGUGUGAGAGGAGCAUCAAGGCACAUAUGUCCUUGGUCGAAGAAGGUGACUGCGUCCCCGAGUGGGACGGGAUCAUCUGCUGGCCGCGGAGCCGAGCGGGUCGGCUGGUGUCGGUUCUGUGUCCACAGUACAUCUACGACUUCAACCACAGAGGACAGGCCCAUCGGCAGUGUGACGCGGCGGGGAGCUGGGAACAGGUGCCCAGCGUCAACCGCACGUGGGCCAACUACACCGAGUGCACCGCUCACCUGGCCUCCGACCACAGGAGCCAGGAGGAGAAGGUGUUUGAGAGACUCCACCUCAUGUACACCGUCGGCUACUCCAUUUCUCUCGCGUCCCUUUCGGUGGCGGUGUCCAUCCUCGGCUUUUUCAAGCGCCUUCACUGCACACGUAACUACAUCCACAUUCACCUCUUCGCCUCCUUCAUAUGCCGAGCAGUCAGCAUCUUCGUGAAGGAUGCCGUGCUCCACGCCAUGUCCGAAGACGAAUAUGACGACACCGGGUUCGCCGUGCAGAAGUCCCACACGGCCGGCUGUAAAGUCGCGGUUACUCUCUUCCUCUAUUUCCUGGCGACCAACCACUACUGGAUCCUGGUGGAGGGGUUGUACCUGCACAGCCUCAUCUUCAUGGCCUUCCUUUCGGACAAGAGCUACUUGUGGGCCCUAACCAUCAUCGGUUGGGGUGCCCCGUCCGUGUUCGUGUCCGUUUGGGUCAGUGCUCGAGCUUCGCUGGCCGACACACAAUGUUGGGACAUCAGUGCAGGAAACUUGAAGUGGAUCUAUCAAGUUCCCAUCCUGGCAGCCAUUGUUGUGAAUUUCCUCCUCUUCCUCAACAUCAUACGUGUACUGGCCUCUAAACUGUGGGAAACCAACACCGGCAAAUUGGAUCCCCGGAAGCAAUACCGGAAGCUGCUCAAGUCCACACUGGUCCUCAUGCCCUUGUUUGGGGUUCACUACAUGGUUUUCAUGGCUCUGCCCUACACCGAGGUCACCGGGCUGCUGUGGCAGGUGCAGAUGCAUUAUGAGAUGUUCUUCAAUUCCUCCCAGGGUUUUUUUGUGGCAUUCAUCUACUGUUUCUGCAACGGAGAGGUGCAGGCGGAGGUGAGGAAGGCGUGGCUAAGACGCAGCCUCACGCUGGACAUCAGACAGAAGGCCAGGAUGACCAGCAGCGCAGGCAGCUGUUACUACGGCAUGAUGUCACACGCCGCCACCCACAGCGUCAGCCUGUCCGCCGCCAACCCCAGAGCUCUUCCCCCCGCCGGAGCCGCCGCCGCCCGGGGGUCAGGGGUCAGGCCGCCCCGCCACGGCCCUCUCCACCCGCAAUCCGGCGUCGCUGAGGCCUCUGGCCACAAACAGGAGCCGGGUGACAGGAACCCGGGGACGACGGAGUCUGCCGUGGCUGCCAGGCGAGCCGGAGCCGGCGAGGGGAACCCCGAUGCCAAAAGUGAUGGAGCUCCUCCGGCCGGAACCACUGGAGCCGAAGUUCAAGGAAGCUGCCUUUCCCCGAAGGAGGUGGAGACCGUCUUGUGAUUGUUUCUUUAUGUAUAUAUUGAGGUGUCAAUGAGGUGGUGGACUCAGCAGGGAUGAACUGGUCAUCUUCAACAAGGCCCUAUUGGGAUUUCAGUUCAGUAGGGACUUGAGCCCAUCGGGAUGAGAACUGAGAUUUACAGGGGGGGGGGGGGUGAUGCAGCCCCGAAAUGUGUUGCUAUGAUGAGGAGGAUUUUGCUAAAAAAUGACACCAAGAAAGAGGUGACUUGAUUUAAGAUACAAUACCGACGCGAUUGGUUGAUGGAGAUUGGGGAAAGAUCUGGUUUGUAUAAAAGAUCAAAAUCUUACUGAUGGAUUUCUUGUAGAUCUAUUUAAUGUAUGUCAGUGUACAUAAUACAAACAUAUGGUACGCCCGUGAACAGACUGUGGAAAGCUGGAUAGUCAGUGAGUCAGACAGCCUGUCUAGACACCUUUCCUGUUGUCCAUCCUGCAUGACAUUACCCCGUUAGGCCGAUGCACGGAGCCUCCCCCCCCCCUCACGGGGCCGACGCCCAACCCCUUCCUCCGUUUAACCUCCGGCCCCCGAAAGCCGUCGCAACACCGUCCGGAAUUUCACACGCUGCCCUCAGACGUCGGCUCCGAGCCGGAGGCACCGCCGCCGCUUGUAGACCUCGUGCGUGAGUGACAAACCUGCAGCACAAGACUCCAGCAUUCACAAGGUGAACAGGCCUGUAAACAGCUCGGGAGUGUUUUCAGGUGUCAAAGAAUUAGG